AUGGUCUCCGACUCGGACACGCUGCCCCAGUUUUGUACCCUUGAUGAGCUCAUACAAGUCGUAUAUCAAGGUUCUGCUAAGUUUAUUGUCCUUUCUAAUGUGGAUGAGGCCAGUUGGAGUGUACAUGUCGGUCUCAGUGGUGCGGAGGGGCGGUGGUGGUGUGGACGGUGGACGGACAAAGACAUCCGAACACAUUUUGCUUCAAAUUCCAGAUCAAAAUCGUCUUCGCUAGAGUCAUACGCCGAGCAGCUAAGAGAUGCGUUUGUUCAAGGCGAAAUGCGCAUCAAUGGAUGGAACUCGCAGAAAGGGGCGAAGAUGAAUCUUGUUCUCGGAACAAACACUGACAUACCAGCAAAUAUUGCUCUCAACGAACUCCUUCCUGAGGAAGCAGCAUCAAUCGCCACAAAGAUCUUCACUAGUAUCGCAGUUUCUGCACAGUCAAGGAAUUGUCGAUUACAUCCCUUGCCGUUUGAACAUGGAAGCACCUCUGCUCUCCCGCUCGCAUCCAACUCUUCCGGUUUGUCUACCUCUCCUAACGUCUUCUCAACCAUUGACCAUCACUUUGCAGAGAAGCGUGAGGCGUCCAAACCUUCUCGACCAAGCGCACUCGACAGGAAGGCGGGUGAGGAGAUACAAAACCUGAGAGCAGAAUUGGCAAAGGCGAAGGACCAGCUCACUAAUUCCCCACCAAAUGACCUGAAGGGCAAAGUUGAAGAGAGGGCUGAGUCAAGUCGGCCGAUGAAGAGAGCGCCAUCAAUGCAAGAUUCGGCCAAGCUGCACUCUAUUGCUAGCGAGUAUCUCUUUCCUGCAGUCUUUGAUAUCAAACUGACUUCCCGGUUCCAUAUCUCCGAACUCAGAGAACGCACGAGGUCCCGCAACUACCGCCAGAGGCGCCUCGCUGGCGAACCCGACGAAGAAGGCACGCAAGUAUCAGGCUCUCGAGUUCGGAAGCGACGAUGA